CUCCUCUUUCCCCCCCCGUUUCCACCUCUCUUCCUCUCUUUUCUUUCUUAUGCUCUUCCCAAUCGCUUUGUCUCUUUUUUGGUCUCACCUAAAUUAAAAUAUAAUUCCAUAACAUGACCAAUCACAACUACUGGAUGGUUCCUUCCUUUUGAUUUUCUUUCUUUUACAACUUUCCAUCUGGACAUAGCAAAAAAGCAGAGAGAUCUAUAGUUUCACUGAACUUGCAGUAGAUGGCAUCAUCAUCAUCGGAAAACUUGGCCAACAUUGAAUCGUGGGCGUUUCGUCCCAGCUUUGCUGAUUCUUGGCUCUCCGAAGCCGAAGCUCUUACCAGGGCACUCCAGUACUCCUUCUCUACUUCCUUCUCUAACUCUGAUUCGCAUUCUCUUUCCCCGCUCUUCGGCCUUGUCAACUCUAACCCCUUACCGACGCCUACUCCUACCCCCAGCGGGUCAAACGUUUCAGGCUCUGACCCUGAAACCACUGUUAAACGUCAGCGGACACUACUCAAGCCCCUUCCCACUGGAAAAGUCUCCAAGUCCAAACGCAAGUCUCGUGCCUCCAAGUUCUCUCAAACCACUUUCAUAAAGGCGGAUCCGGCCAAUUUCAGGCAGAUGGUGCAACAGGUGACUGGAGUCCGCUUUUGUAACGCGCAGAUGUCUUUGAGUCCGAUCCUGAAGCCCGAGCCUCAAAGACCCGGAUGCCUGCCUACGCUCGACACAUCAGCCUUUUUGUUGGAUCAGCAGCAGCCAUCUUCAGGAGCUGUUUCCGGGUCCAGCUUAGUUCCAUUACGGUCUUCAGACGGUAUAGCUUCUGCUGAAGCUACCUUAGAUCCCAACAGUUUUCCCUGCUUUCCCACUCUAGAAUCCUGGAAAGCCUAGUUUUUCAUUUUUGCUAGUUAUUUAAAUUAUCAGCUGUACCCUGCUUUUUUGCUACUAGUUUAUCAUUUUCGGAGUAGAAUAUGGGUGGAGCUGUUAAUAUAGUUUCUUUUCCCCCCAUUUUUUUUGACUCCAUGAUGUUCAUGUAGAUUAGUAUGGUUCAUGAGUGAUAUUAUAAUGGCUAAUUUAUUUUACCA